UCCCGCCGUAAGAAAUAAAACAAAAAAAAGAAACUUCUCCUCUCUCUCGAAAUGGUGCAAUCAUGAUCUUCCGACAGAGUACAGACAUGAACAAGAAGCUUGAAAACCUAGCGCUACACCACUUUGGAUUCAUACUCAAUUGAAUUUGGCUCCACGUUUCGGGCACUCAAGAACGAUUAACAACCUUGCAGACACUGUUCUUGGUCUUUGACUUUAAGCUUUGCACUAGCAAAGCAAUGGAAUCUGAGCCACAAUUUGACCUCGAAGGGAAUCUCCCCCGCCUUCGGUGGAAAUCGUGUUGUCUCAAACACCAAAGGUGAGGCGUCUACAAGGUGUUUGUGAAAUGUCCCGAAAGAAAGAGGCGAUGCUAGAUCGAUGAUUCAUGCCGAAGUUCUUUUGGGGGGCAACAAUUGUGAUGGCUGGUGCAUGUUCAGGGACAGUUAUUAUAGCGUGUGGUACCCGUGGUGGCUGUGGUAGCUGUGCAACUGACGCGACAAUGCUAUGAUGAUGUUCGAUGUAAAUUUUUCUUAAUGUUUAAAGCGUUUAAAGACACAGGAGUUCUAAGUCAAGAUGAAUUGAAACCAGACAAUCAACAUCACAUGUUUCUCUUGUGCUUGAACUUUAAGCACGCAAUAAUAGAGCUUUCUGAUGGGAGUGGCAGUAGGCCAUAACAACCCACCUAUCCGAGAAUACACCAUUGCAAGCAAGCUAAGUCAGACUUUGCUUUUCAGACAAAGCGCAUUCAAAGUGAGCCAUUUCAAAAAGGUCGUAAGUGGGAUUGGAAAAGCAUUGCAUUCUUGAACUGUAAGCCUCACUAUUCUUCUUUGCAUUAUUUAUAUAUUUCUCUUUCUUUGUUUUCUGCUAUUGUAAUUUGACUACUGCAUAGACUAAAACAUGUGAACCUCUUCCUUUUAUAUAUCAUUCCUACAAAAUAAAGGAGAAAAAAGUGGACAUGUCCUUGUUUUAGCUUAUUGUGCUUGAAUCAAUGUAAUGUCAAAACAUGUGGCACUUAGCCAAUUGCCCACUUGGCAGGAAAAGAGAGGGUAAUAUCCCCCAAACCCAACUAGAUAGAAUAGCUGUCCACGUCAGACCACGAUACUCAUCUUUUCAUCAUCUAUAUAAGGAACAUUAGAAGCUUAUACCUUCGCCCAUAACUAAUUUUACUCUCAAAAGCCUCUUGACUUUAGUUUCUGCAUCCCCGGAAUGCCUACCAUUAACCUAGGCCAGAUUCCAAGUUUCGAAGAACAUGUUAAUGGCUUUGAUCAACAUGAUGUGUUGGUUGAGGAGAUUGAAGGUCUCAUUAGAGUUUACGGAAAUGGGUAUGUGGAAAGAGCACAGAUAGUUCCCUGUGUCUCUAAUGCAUUGCCGCCAGAGCUGGGUGUUACUUCUUGGGAUGUAGUUGUGAAUAAGCUGAGUAACAUUUGGGCUCGUUUCUAUAUCCCAAAACAGUGCCAGGGGAAACUUCCUUUGCUUGUCUAUUUCCAUGGAGGUGGAUUUUGUGUCGGCUCGGCAGCUUGGAGCUGCUACCAUGAGUUCCUUGCCAAGGUAUCUGCAAAAGCGGAGUGUAUAAUUAUGUCUGUGAAUUAUCGUUUGGCACCAGAAAACCCUCUUCCUGCUCCUUAUGAAGAUGGAUUAAAGACCAUUUCAUGGUUGAAACAAGUUGCUCUUAUUGGGGGCAAGCAGAAUUGGUGGUCAAGAUACUGUGACUUUACCAGAAUCUACCUUGGUGGUGAUAGUGCGGGUGGCAACAUAGCCUUCAAUGUAGCCGCCAGACUUGGUGGUAAGACCACUGCUUCUGGAGCUGUGGUCUUGAAGCCGUUGGUUAUUAGAGGUAACAUUUUGAUACAACCAUUUUUUGGUGGGGAGUCCAGGACCAAAUCAGAGAAGUUUCUAGUCCAACCUCCUCGUUCGGCACUGACGAUGGCGGUUUCCGAUACAUACUGGCGGUUGGCAUUGCCGUCUGGGGCAAACCGUGACCACCCUUGGUGCAAUCCUUCGGCAAAAGGGUUGUUUAAGGUGGAGAAUUUGAGGGUUUUGCCUAGUUUGGUAUGUAUAUCGGAAUUGGACAUAUUGAAAGAUAGGAACUUGGAGUUCUGCUCUGCUUUACAUAGAGAGGGUAAGCUGAUCAAUUAUGUGGUUCAUGAAGGAGUUGGCCAUGCCUUUCAGGUUCUGAACAAAUCACAGCUCUCACAGACUCGGACUCUUGAAAUGAUUGGUCAUAUCAAGGAUUUCUUAUGUGUAUAGCUUCAGUAGAAUUUGUACAGAGAAGAACACUUUUUCAGACUUAUUGUUUUUCCCCCCCCACAGAAAGAGAGAGCAUUCUUA